GUCACUCGUGAACGUGAUGGUUGUUCUGUAGUGUUGUUAUUAUCAUUCAAUUCCCUCCCCACCAAUUUCCUAUUUGCAUCGUUUUCGAUACAUUAGCUUGUUCGUUAUCCUUCAUCCGGUAAAACUAGAUGCAGAGUCAUCAAAUAAAUUAUGUCAAACGCGCAAUUUGUGGCAUUAACAUGAGAGAGUGAUUAUCUCGGCCUCGGUACGAUAGUAAUAUUAUAAUAUUCAUUUUUCUCGUUAGAGAAAUCAACACAUACAUGAUUGAAGCAGGAGUUCUAUCUGCCGUGUUUAACGGUCUAUAAAUUGAAUUUUACAUUGUGUGCAAAUAGCCACUUACGGACGUAUAUCGUUCGAGAUAUAAAAUCAGUGUUCUUUCGGUUCUCUUUCGGUUUCGUCCUCACGCAAAUGCGUACACUUGUAGGCCCUUUUUUGCUGUGGAGGGAAUGCUGACGCUGCCACAUCCUUCAGUGCGGACGAUCAGCAGAAAAUGGGGUCGAAGCGACGACGUAUCAAAAUAAGACGAGGACCGCUAACGUAAUCGAUUUAUAGCGCGUCGAAUAGGAAAGAUGAUGACCGCCAUGGCCAGGUUGCCUUGUAAGCAAUCCUCGCCUUCGCAACAGCAAAGAGUGAAUAAUUUCGGAAAUAGUCGUAAUUCGUAUUGGGAUAUUCAAGCUAGGCAUCCAACACCACCUUAUGUUAGAAAUCAUCAUCGGCACAUUGAUCACACAGGAAAACGUAAGAGUGCAGUGGAAUUAUUGCAAGAAACGAAAGCAUUUUACGUAAAAAGUGAGACUGUGCUGGAUCGGAAACAGGAACUCAAGAAUAGCGGUCAUCUUCAAGUGUCUCAGCUAAGUGCACCUAGUGCACCACCUAGGUUACUUAGGAAGUGUGGAAAUACAACUGUACCGUGCUCGAUACAAUCACCCUCGCCAUCACAAAUAUCUAAUCCUGUAACACCACCCUGUUGUUGGGCCACGUGUCAUGAUCAAGAUAGAACAGAUGGGAUUUUGAGUCCUCAACAAACACUGCCACCCGCGCUGCCACCAAAGAGCCCACGUUUAGUCCCUGUUCCGCAGCGGCGCACUAUUUCAGGGCCACCGAGUACUACGAGCGGGGAUCAAUUGCAGACAAAAUUACGGAGAUUACUCAACACCGAUAGCAAGGAGAAUGUCUUCUUCCCGGAAAGCCCAACUCAGGCUUGCCUUCAAACAACAAACGGUGUCACACGUGAGGAAAAGUUCAGAUAUUCACCUGGCAGCUUAUCACCUGGUUGCCGAGACGAUGACCGUGCGUCGCAUUGUACACCGCCAGACGUUCGCUUCAAAUUUGGUCGCAGUAAUUCACAUUCUCAUACAUCUGGCCCAGGCAGCAGAAAAUCCAUCACUUCUCCAUCAGCAGAGAACACAAUUUGUCAUAAAUCUUUGCCUGAUCUUCACACUAGCACACAUCGUCGAGCUUCGUUAUCACCACGUACGUCGACAAAAUCACCUGCUAAACAAUCUGGGCAUCAUUAUGGGGCUAACAAUUGUCCAGAUUGCGAGACUAGUUCGGAUUAUUCCGAGCAUAGUUUCAAACGUGAUGCUGUCUGCUAUCGCAGUACGCGUCACAUCAGACGAUCGUUAGGCUCUGGCGGUGGAGAUGCUAGUAGUGUUCUAUCCUCUGGUGGCAGAACACAGAAAUCGUCUGGCUCGAGUAAAUUGAGUCAUGGCGCUACUGCAAGAGAUUCUGGUGGAUCCUCUGGGCAUUGUACUCAUCGUAGUGAACCACCACCAAGGUUACAGGAUUAUUGGACUCACGUACGUAGAGACAGUGGUGCAUCUACUCAACAUUCAACUGAUAAAAAUCGUUCAAGAAAGGGUAGUUAUGCCAGUGGUACACCGCCUUCUGUCGUGAGACAUUAUAGUCCUGAUUCUGAAAGCAGCGAGAGUCAAACUGAUUACAGUCCUACUUGUAACUCUAGAUUCUCAGAUGGUUGGAAGGAAGGACGUGGUAGACCAAUUUUGAGAUCAAAAUCUGAUAUAAGUGAUCGUUAUUGGAGACAAGAUAAUGGUCGAACAAGCAAGUUAUCAGCACGUACGCCACGUUCGGUGACACAGUUGGAGAAUUUCUUUGAUCGUUUGGGUUUAGAUUCAGAUAAUUAUCAACUUAUCACUGAACCCGAUUCGAAAUCUUCGUCACCUGUAUUUUUCGAUAGUGUUAGCUCGGUCGACUCAGCAUUAGGUCUUUACUCUUGGAUUGGAAAUAAUCAGGCAAAUCAGGGUAGUCAAUGGCAGAAUAAUAAUUGUAGCAUUGGUAUGGGUAAUGACGAUUCUAAUCAAAGGGUUAACGAUCCACCGAGCAUCGUUGAACGAAAUGCUCGAAUUAUUAAGUGGCUUUGCCAAUGUCGUAAGGUACAGUUUGGUUACAGUUAAAUACUGUGAUGGUUCCCUUGGUAAGUUAUGAUAUUUUCAAAGACUAUUUAAUUUUAGACACAAACAUAUGUUUUUCUCUUCAUUUUUCAUUCAUUAUUAUCAAUUUUAUGUAAAUUAUUCCAACAUUUUUUUUGUAUGGUUAAAAAAGUAAUCGUUAACUUUCUAAUAGUACUAAAUUGCUUAUAUGCAGUUUUUUGUUGUUCUCAUGAAUAGUCAUUUUAGAAAAAGGUGUGCCAUUCACAAUAUAUUAUUCAAUUGCUGCCUGCUCAUUUUUGAUUCGUUCUUUCAAUUUUAGUAUAUUUCAUAUCAUAUCUUACAUUUCUAAUUAGUAACAAGUCAUGCGGAGAAGUAAUUGUUAUAAUGGAUUUUUCUUCGCAACAAUUAUUUUUUAUUAAUAAUAUACUUAUCGAAAAAAUUAUGGUUACUAUUUUCUAGGUAAUAUAAAUGAGAUCUGAGAAAAUGAAUUUUUUGAUUCAUUUUUUCUAUGUAUAUAUUUGAAGAAUUUAAUUAAUAUGGUUUUUUUCUUAUAUAUAUAUAUGCAUAGACUCAUACAUGUAAUUUUUUUCAUUAUAAGAAGUUCUUUCUUUAGAAUAUAUUGAUUCGUUAUUGUCUUUUAGCGUUAUUAAACUUGUAAUGAAUUUAUGUGUGAUAUGUUAUACGAGUGUUUUUUCUCACAUCUAUUGAAGGAACUUAUCGAGUCUGAUUACGCAGACGUAAAAGUUAGUAUAAUCCAUUCAGUUAUACGUUGUUUGUUACGAUAUUGAAAGAUUAUUGUUCAAUUCUAAAAAAAAAAGAAAAAAAAAGGAAAAAAAAAACAAAACAAAAAGAGAAAAAAACUUCCGAUGAAAUAAAUUUAUGUUAAAUUUAUUAUUAUGGAUAAAAUGUGAUAGACAAAUUUUAAAGAAAAAGAAUAUUUAAAAAUGUUGUCUUCUCUUACUGUUUCUUUAUACCACAUGCUUAAGAAUCAAUCUUUGAGAACAUUAUAUAUAUAUUUAAAAAAAAAUGUUUUUUAUGAUGAAAGUGAAAUUUUCUGUUGAAUUUUGUCAUUAGUAAAAUAAUCAAUGUGAUUUAGUUGAUAUUUCUUAUAAAAUGAAAUACUCUCCUAUUCGCAUUCUUGAUAAUAUUAAAAAAACAGUGCAAUUCAUAUUAUAUAUUAUGAAUAAGGACAAACAUUGAAGAGAUCAUAUUACAUAUUUUAUUCAUACGUUCAUUUUUAUUUAUUGCAUUUUUGAUUAUCAUUUUUUUUUAAAUUAUAAGUAAUUUAUGCAAAUCAAUGCAUAAUUUUCUUUGUUGCUAGUAUAUUGAAAGAAAUUAGUGAAUUCCCCCAUUUUUUAAUAAUGGAAUUUAGACAAGGAAUUUAUCAGAACUUUUUUCUGCAAAGAUUGUUAACUAAAGAUACUUCGACUGAAUUGAAACAUGAAACACUCACAGUUAAUGCAGCAGAAUGUUCUAUCGUACUUAAUUAUAUGCUCGUAGACUGAUAAAUAUUUAUAGAUGAUCAUGAUGUUGCUGAUAAUGAUAAUGAUAAUGACCAUGACGAUGACGACGACGACGACAACGACGACGACGGUGAUGGUAAUAGUGGUAGUGGUGAUGAUGAUGAUGAUGGUGGUGGUGGUGUGAUGAUGAUGAUGAUGAUGAUGAUGAUGAUGAUUAUGAUGAUGAUGAUGAUGAUGAUGAUGAUGAUGAUGAUGAUGAUGAUGAUGAUGAUUAUAAUUAUGAUGAUGGUGAUGAUGAUGAUUUAAUAUUGUCGAACGAGUAUUGUUUUCGAGUUAACGUUUUUAAUGGAAAAAUAUAAAAAAGAAAAGUUUCAAAAUAUUAGAGAAAAAAUGUAGCUGUAUUUAGCACACAAUGAGAAAGCUAAAUGUCAAAAUUAAAGUAUAUUGAACUAUAUUCUACUCUAUUAAAUUCGAGUAACGAUAUUUUGUGCCUGAAAAGUAAUAAGCGCCUUUUUUUAAAAAUGAAGAAUCGUUUAUGGUUACGUUUACAUAUAUAUUUAAUACUUUGUCAUUUUCCAAUUUAAUGGUAUUUACAUAGGAAGAAUAAAAUUUAAUUAAUAUAUCUUUUUCGCAUUAGCUAGAGGAUACUUUUUAACGUAUAUUUACUCGUUCAGUCGUUUACAAAAGUUAUCUGAAAAGAUAUUUUAUUUUUGAACACUAUAAACUUAAUACACAAACACACUUUUUAUAAUUAACUAUAUUUAUAUCAUGAAGUGUCUUUUUAUUUAAUACUAUUAUUUUAAACAUACCUUUUUGUGCAAUAAUAUCAAUGUUUUUAUUAUUAUAUGACUCUAUAUGAUGUCUUUGGUUAAAAAGAAUUUUACUAUUUACAUUAUAAUAAACAGAUAACGGUGUGUCGACUUUCUAAAGUUGUAAUCUAUAAGUGGUUUAUUCUUAUAAAAAAUACAGAAUCUGUAUAGUAUAAUGUUAUAGAAAAUUAUUUCAACGAUUCGUAUUUGAAACAAUAUGAAAAAUAUUCUAGUUGUGUAUUUAAGAAAAAUAUUCAUAUAGUUCAUUGAUACAACUUGAUAAAAAUCAGAAUAAAAUAAUAUGGAGAAAUAAGAUGAGAGCUUUAACUGUAACAGAAUUUUACAUUUUUCAAAUAUACAUAAAUAAAUAAAUACAUACCAUACAUACGUACAUAGUGAAUAUGAUAGAAUGCUCAUUUAGCAGUAUAGGUGUGUAUCAGUAGCUGAUGAAUAGUUGAUAUUUGUUAAAUCUGCAAUUCUUCUUGCUUUAGACGCAAUUCUCAAUAAAAAUAUAUGCUAGGUGUUUAUGAAGGAUGCCUCAAAAGUCAAUUGUAAAAUACUGUUGCACAAAGUUAAAUAUAAUAAUGAAAACGUAGGAUAUAUAUACGAGAAGAGAAUGUAUUUAAAAUUUUUAAUCUUAUAUUGCUGGUCGCAAUCAAAAUAUGUGUGCUCCUUUUAUUAACACCUUGCAUAUAAGUUAUUUCAAUAAAUAUAAUACGUUGUGUGAUAACCAGUUAUAUUUAAAACUGCAUUUAGAAGUUUGACCAAGUAAGAAUUAGAAAGUCUGUAUAUUCUAAGUCUAAAAUUUCCAUUUUGUAUUUCUCACUACAUAUUCUAUCAUGAAAAAAAAGUGUACUACUGCUCAUUUUAAAAAGAAAAUUAAAAUAAUUAGCUUAUGAAAGUGUUCUUUCCAUAACAUAAAAAUAAUUGAUGCACGGUAUAAGAAAAUGUUCUUAUUAUUUUCAGAUAUUCUAAAAGAACUGAUUGGAAUAAAAGUUUGUGUUGGAUAAAAGUACAAAUAGAAAAUAUAUUUUGUAUUAUUAUUUCUUUUUAAAAAUAAUUCUAAUAUCCUCUAUGAAAAGACAUUUUCAUAUUUCCUUACACAAUAAUGAAAAUUUAAAUGCUGUUUCAUAUGUGCUGUGUUCAUUUAUUUAUAUUUGCAUAUCAACAAUUAUUUAGUCAAGAAGUAUGAUAAUACAUUGUUUCUCUAAUCGAUCAUUACAUAAAAUAUUUCUUUGCGUAAUUUAUUAAAAUUUAACCUUAAUUAAGUUUAAUUCCAAUGGAUAAAAAAAUGAGAAAAUUUAUAAUCGAGUAAUUCUUUUUUUAUUCAUGUAUUAUCUUGUAAUUCUUGUAUUAUCAUUCCAUUCCUACUUUUCACAUUUUUAUAUUAUGACAUUCCACUAAAAUGUUGCGUCUUAUACAAGACUUAAUGCAAUAAUUUAAAAUAAUUAUAUUAUUGUCUUCAAACAUAAACCAAAAUCAUUGAUUGUACAAUACAAUUUCAAUAUACAUAUAUUUACAUAUAUAAUUUUUGAUGUAUAAUACCCGACACUGCUUUAACAACGUGACUUUUUAAUUGCUUUUUAUAAUCUAGUCAUGUAAAACAAAAGAUUGUAAACGUGAAAAUAUUAAAAUUUUUUCCAUAUAUCAUCA